AGUAACAAGGAAAGCUAUAGGUGUGGGCUUGACUUUUGGCGAGUUGAAAAAUUGCGAUAUUAGAAGAAGAAGCUACAAUGACAAAUGAGCUCUCAGAUUCUGAUAUUAAAACUGCUAAUUAUGCACAGCACAAGGGGCCAAGGUGUUUUGCGUGUCAGGCAUAUGGACGCAAGGGACCAGACUGUCCCAAUAAAGGGAAAGGAUACUUGUGCUACAAGUGCAACCAGUUUGGGAAUCACAAGGCGAGGGAUUGCCCAAACAGAAUUCACAAUGACUCUGCACCAAGUGGUUCAGGAUACUCUAAACAGACUCCAAGGAAGUAACUGAUUAGGCGAGAUGGAAACUGAGGAGUUAAAACCAACUGAAAUUACCUGACAAGAAUACUGAGGCGAGAUAAAGUUACCAAAAAUAAGAAUAAGAAAUUUUGUGAUUAACGAGAAUAGAAUACUAGGA